UUGUGUCCUAAUUUUAAUGACAUUUCCUAAAUUUUUAUGAACUUAUCUUUAUGACUCUUAUCUGGAUCUAAUAUUCAUCAAUAAACAAAUAAUUUUCCUAUUUCAAAAAAAAUGAGCAGCAGUUACUAUUUUGUUAUAGUUGGUCACAAAGAUACUCCUUUAUUCGAAAUGGAAUUUACAAGUAGCAAAGAUUCAAAGAAAGAAGAUCACAGGCAUCUGAAUCAAUUCAUUGCACAUUCAGCACUCGACUUAAUUGAUGAACAUAAGUGGAAAACUCAUAAUAUGAACUUGAAGUCUGUAGACAAAUUCAAUCAAUGGUUUGUUUCUGCAUUUGUAACUGCUAGCCUCAUACGUUUUGUGAUUGUUCAUGACAUACGAAAUGACGAUGGUAUUAAAAACUUCUUCUCAGAAAUUUACGAGACAUAUAUCAAGUAUUCAAUGAAUCCUUUUUAUGAAGAAGAUACUCCCAUCAAAUCUCUUGCUUUUGAAAAAAAGGCUCAGCUGUACGGGAAGAAAUUUCUUAUAAGCUAAAUGAUAUUCAAUUUCUGCAUAUUCAUAUUGUCUUUGAACAGUAUAUGUAUGUAAUUUGUACAAUAUAUUUCUUAAUUUCUUUAUGUAUUAUAA